UGUCAUAUGUGUGUUGUGUUGACGUGACGUCCGUUUCGUUUCGUUGUCUUCUUAAGUCAUCCUUUUUACUAACUGAAAUAGGAAUUAAUAUUUCUAAGGUUUACGUUCAAAAUGCCCCUUAGUCUUUCUCCUAAAUCAUCAUACAAGAUACCUGUUUCACAAAGUUUUUCUAAAUUGAUUCCGGACUCCUGUAACUCAUAGAAAAUAGUGUAUUCUUGUCAAUUGUGAGCGUCUUUAUUAUAGAGAAUAUUAUUAAUGAAAUAACGCUGUUAUAAUUUUAUGUGACUAGUCAUUAAUAAUUAUAAGUGAUUAUUAUCAGUAUAAUUAAUAAUGAAAUAGAUAACUUUAUUAUUUAUUAUGUAUGACAUUUAUGAAUUUGAAGAUAGAACUAUGAGAGGAUCGUUACGCGACUGGCGCAAGGCGCUUCGCACUCCUGCCACAUACAGGGUAGGAAAUACAGUAAGGAUACAGCCCCCAUUUGUGUUAUUAAUAAUUUUAGUUGGUGUUUUUUUAUUAAUACUGUUUUAUUAUAAUUGGUGGGCAAGCUCACAAGUGUAUGUUCCGAAUAAAUGGGUAAGCACAAUAAGAAAAUACAAUACUACAUAUCCACUCUCACCGCCGCGGAUAUCUGGGGAUGUAGUGACCUUUCGAAUUGGUAUUGUAGCUGAUUUAGACACUAAUUCUAAAAGUGCAACAAAACCUAAUACAUACAAUAGCUAUCUAAAGAAAGGAUACUUGAGCUACAAUCAUGUUAAAAUGCUUGUAACCAUAACUUGGGACCCACAGCCUCCUGUAAUACUCUCAUCUACAUAUUCUCACAAAGGACGUGGAAUGGAGUUAUCAGAGUUGAUUAUAUUUGAUGGGAGAUUGCUUACAUUUGAUGACAGGUCUGGUAUGGUGUUUGAAAUAAUACAUAACAAAAUAGUGCCAUGGGUGAUAUUAGUGGAUGGAAAUGGCCGUGUUGAAAAAGGUUUUAAGUCAGAAUGGGCUACUGUCAAAGAUGAAAUUCUAUAUGUGGGAUCUAUGGGUAAGGAGUGGACAACUGCAGGAGGGGACUUCCAGAGUUAUGAUCCUAUGUGGGUCAAAGCCAUUAAUAUGAAUGGAGAGGUCCAGCAUCUCAGCUGGGUGAACCAAUAUAAAGCUGUAAGGAGCUCUGUAGGCAUCAAAUGGCCGGGCUACAUGAUACAUGAGUCUGGUGUAUGGUCUGCUGUCACUCAGAAAUGGCAUUUUUUGCCUCGAAGAUGUAGUCAUGAAUCCUACAAUGAGACAAGAGAUGAAGUGAUGGGUUGCAACUACUUGAUAACAGCUGAUAGCAAUUUUAAAAAUAUAUUGGCAAUAGAAAUCACAAAACAUCAACCAAAGCACGGCUUCUCAUCAUUCAAGUUUAUUCCUGGAUCUAAUGAUGAAGCAAUUGUUGCUCUGAAGACCACAGAGUACGAAGGGAAAACGGCUACUUACAUCACUGCAUUUAAAACUGAUGGAACGGUGCUAUUGCACGAUACAUUAGUUGAAAACCUUAAGUAUGAAGGAAUAGAGUUUAUUUGAGCGUGAUAAUAAAGAUUAUAAAUCAAUUACCAUAAAAAAAUAUAUAUAUAUUAAUGUAAAUAUGUAAAAUAUACUAUGGUUUUGUUAA